GAGACCCGACCCCGUUAUAAGCCCAUGAACCUACAGAGUGAAUAGAGAGAGAGAGAGAGAGAGAGAGAGAGAGGGAUUAACUUCGAAUUCACAUUUCCCUAGUCGUGUCAUGCAGCGUGCACCGCUGCCGGAAAUCACCGAUUUUCGUGGCGCAUGGGCGUUGAAGCGCUUUGUUUGCCUGGUGGACAAGCCCGAUGACUCGGAGAACUAUUCCCGUAUCACUAAGCUCUGGAUUCUUCUGUAUAUCCACCUUCAGAAUACAAUCAGUCAUCCGCUGAGCUACAACCCCGAAGUCCCUGCUCCGCAGCUCCCAGCAUGGAUCAUCGAUCCUGCGGUGAUUCAUGACUAUAUGCAACUCCUGGUUUCCGAGAACCUGCCCACAAGCUACUACCUCGAACCCCCUGAUUUCAGCGCAAUGGCGAUGACCCGCGCUGGUGACGUUGUCUUUCCUCGCCUAGACGCCUAUGAAAUAUGUUUUGAUCGAUAAUCAGAGCUGUGACGACGGGCGCCUUGGCUUGCUGAACUUCGCUCGGAACAGGCAGGUUGCCUACUCCCAUUCCACUUGGGUCCCCUGACAUCGCUCCGCUAUGCGGGCGCGCGCGAGGGCCAUUUAUGGAGCGAGCUCGUGGACGAGCGACCCGAGGCGG